AUGGAGAAGCAAAGGGCCCUUCAGAGGCUCUCGGUGAAGAAGCAGCCCUGCCCGGCACUUGGAGGGCUUGGCUGUGUCUUGCAAGAGGCGAACAAUUUCAUCAACCUCAGCUUUCUCCGCCUCUUCCGUGCUGCCCGGCUCAUCAAGCUGCUGUGCCAAGGCUACACCGUCCGUAUCCUGCUGUGGACCUUCGUCCAGUCCUUCAAGGCCCUGCCCUACGUAUGUUUGCUCAUCACCAUGCUGUUCUUCAUCUACGCCAUCAUCGGCAUGCAGAUUUUUGGAAAUAUUGCCCUGGAUGAUGACACCAGCAUCAACCGACACAACGCCUUCAGGACGUUUUUUGCCACUGGGGAGGCCUGGCAUGAGAUCAUGCCGUCUUAUCUCAGCAACCAGGCCUGUGAUGAGCACGACAAUGCCAGUGAGUGUGGGAGCGACUUUGCCUACUUCUACUUCAUCUCCUUCAUCUUCCUUUGCUCCUUUCUG